AUGACAUCAAUUGUCAGUCGCUCCAACUUUCACAUCUCGACACGCUCCAUGAUGGCGCAAACCGAGCCAAAGGCCCAAGACUGGUCCGCAUCUCAGUACUUAAAGUUCGCCAAACAGCGUACUCGACCCUCCCGCGAUCUCCUUGCCCAAGUGCCCCUCGAGUCUCCUAGUUUUAUCCUCGACGUGGGCUGCGGACCAGGCAACUCGACCCAAGUCCUGGUAGACCGUUACCCCGGCGCCGUGAUCGAAGGAAUCGACUCUUCUCCCGGCAUGAUUACCGAAGCGCGAAAAGCCCUACCUCAGAUCAAGUUUUCGGUCGCCGAUCUGAAAACGCAUACACCGCAGAAGCCGCUGGAUUUGGUAUUUUCCAAUGCCGUCUUCCAGUGGCUCAAGGCCGACGAACGAGUUCCUACGAUGAAGAGAAUGAUGCAAUGGCUUCGCCCAGGAGGAGUGUUGGCGAUCCAGGUUCCAGACAACUACCUCGAACCAUCGCACAUUGCAAUGCGUGCUGUUGCGAAUGAAGGCCGCUGGGCCAGCAUCUUGGGACCGCUCCGUCCAGCCCUUGACCAGUUUGCCACACCUCAACAGUUUUAUGAUGAACUUAGUCCACUCUCUUCAUCCGUUGAUAUCUGGCAUACUCUUUAUCAGCACCCCUUGGACGAUCAUCAGAGUCUUGUGGAGUGGGUGAAAGGCACGGGUCUGCGGCCAUUUCUCAAUCCCCUUAGCCCAGAAGACAAAGAGGCCUUUGCAGAGAGUUAUCUUGCCAGGUUGAAAGACAUUUAUCCGGUUUCUGUUGAUGGAAAGGUUCUUCUGAGAUAUCCACGACUUUUUAUGAUUGCUGUGAGAGAGUAA